AUGCUGGCUGACAUCGGCGCUCAGAACAAGAAUGUUGACAGCAAUGGCCCCAGCCCCGAUAACGCUUCGUCUGCAAGGAGGCAGCCAAGCACACCGCUUGUCCCAGACCCGAUAGAGACUCCGGCUGGCGCUGGUCAAUUACUCUCACUGACGCCUUCGACGGAGUCUGAUGCCGUCGCUAUGGGCCUGCUAUCGACAGAAGCUGCCAGAACCUUGUUACAGCGCUUCAAAACUACACUCACACCGCAUUUCCCAUUUGUCGUUUGCUACAGAAGACUUGCACAUUUCCCUGACAAGUACAUUCUGCCAAUCGUCCAAAUCCAACACACGAUGGAACAAGCCGACGCAUCCGACCACGACGAGCGCGAGGUUCUCAAGUCCACUCACCUUACUCAACUCAUUCUGUGUCUCGAGACGAUCAAAGGUGCUCUCCUUUUCCCUUUGGCGGAGAGUGCCAUGUUGACAAUGCACCUUCACACUGGGAUCGUACACGCCUGCCAUACGAAUGUUUGUACUGAUGCUGCGCUGAACCUCCUGCCAACGGACGAGAGAUGGCCUCAGUGGCGACUGGACGCACUCAGUACAGGGCUCAUCGCCGCGAAAUCGUCGCUCUCGUGCUUCCUAUCGCUACCACUUGGGCACGAAAAAUCUUUCAACAACUCUGAGUGGAUACAAUUGGGGUUUGUGACGACGUGUGCAGCUAGACUAGCUGCAUUGUCGAGCCAGAAAGUCAUUCGCCAAGAAACGCACCAUCUGCGGCGCUUUCUAGGCAUAUCAGACGGUCUCAAAGACACCAUCCGCCGCUUGGAGUCGCUCAGUACAUCGACUGCCGAUGACGAUGGCGAGAGAGAUGUCUUCUACCAUUAUCGGCAGCGCGUACAGCGGAUCCAAGCAUGGUUUCAGGCGCAGCAGGAGCGUGUCCAGCGAGAAUCGAUGCAAACCGUUUCUGACACGGCCGAUGCGGCCGCCUGGAACGGCAGUGCUAGGCAGCAACUCCCGCUUGCAUCUAGUGGCGCACAGCGCGCAUGGAAUCCAGGCCAGGCGCUGCCUCAGGACUCGCCGGUCCUGCCCAUGGAUAUUGCCUGGCGCGAAGGAGAUUUGUUCGACUGGCUGCCGGAUGAUCUCAUGGACAUGGAGAACUUCGGACAAACCUUUCCAUUUGAUGCAGAGGGCACGUGA